CCAGCGGAAGGGGACGGUGUGCGGGCCGGCCAGCCCUGGACGAAAGAAGAGGGCCCCUCCGGGCCAGUCUGGGCACCCUGGGACAGCGGCUGCAGGUAGGCAGAGGCGCUGCCAGUGCCCAAGUGGCCUUUCCCUCCAUCCGGCCCUUCCCGCCUUCCUAUAACCUUCCCUCCACCUCCCUCAACUCCUGGCCUCCCCACCCUUUUACUGCCUUCAAAUCUCCCUAAACCCUGACCCCUUCCUGCACCCCAAGCCCGUCCCUCUCUCCAUAACUCAGCCAUCAGCAGGGGCAGACGGCAGGUGGCCUGGUUGCUGCAGCUCCCAGGAUCAGCUCUGCCCUCCCCACAAACGCCAGUCUUGUCACCGCUCCAGGGCACCUCCAGCAGUAACAGGUGGUUGCGGCAGGUGGCAGCCAGCCCCUGGGUGAGCCAAGGUCUCUUCCCCAGCCAGGCAUGGCCGACUCUGCACAGGCCCAGAAGCUGGUGUACCUGGUCACAGGGGGCUGCGGCUUCCUGGGAGAGCAUGUGGUGCGAAUGCUGCUGCAGCGGGAGCCCCGACUCGGGGAGCUGCGGGUCUUUGACCGACACCUGGGUCCCUGGCUAGAGGAGCUGAAGACAGGCACCCGGAACGUGAUCGAGGCUUGUGUGCAGACUGGAACACGGUUCCUGGUCUACACCAGCAGCAUGGAAGUUGUGGGGCCUAACACCAAAGGUCACCCCUUCUACAGGGGCAACGAAGACACCCCAUACGAAGCAGUGCAUAGGCACCCCUAUCCUUGCAGCAAGGCCCUGGCUGAGUGGCUGGUCCUGGAGGCCAACGGGAGGAAGGUGAGCCCAGAAAAAGGAGGCACAGAAGUGGGGCUCCUGCCCUGCACACCCACUUACCCCGCUAGCCCAAGGAGGCCAGGGCCGAGAGCAAGCUGUCGGGUCCCAAGUCUCAGCAGUGCCUGCCUUUGCCACCAGGUCCGUGGGGGGCUGCCCCUGGUGACAUGUGCCCUUCGUCCCACGGGCAUCUACGGUGAAGGCCACCAGAUCAUGAGGGACUUCUACCGCCAGGGCCUGCGCCUGGGAGGUUGGCUCUUCCGGGCCAUCCCGGCCUCUGUGGAGCAUGGCCGGGUCUAUGUGGGCAAUGUUGCCUGGAUGCACGUGCUGGCAGCCCGGGAGCUGGAGCAGCGGGCAGCCCUGAUGGGUGGCCAGGUAUACUUCUGCUACGAUGGAUCGCCCUACAAGAGCUACGAGGACUUCAACAUGGAGUUCCUGGGCCCCUGCGGACUGCGGCUGGUAGGCGCCCGCCCACUGCUGCCCUACUGGCUGCUGGUGUUCCUGGCUGCCCUCAAUGCCCUGCUGCAGUGGCUGCUGCGGCCGCUGGUGCUCUACGCACCCCUGCUGAACCCCUACACUCUGGCCGUGGCCAACACCACCUUCACCGUCAGCACCGACAAGGCUCAGCGCCAUUUCGGCUAUGAGCCCCUGUUCUCGUGGGAGGAUAGCCGGACCCGCACCAUUCUCUGGGUACAGGCCGCUAGGGGUUCAGCCCAGUGACGGUGGGGCUGGGGCCUGGAGGCCCAUCACAGCACAUCCACCCAGGUCCCGAGCCCUCACACCCUAGAUGGGAAGGGACGGUUGCAUUCCAGAGUGGGAGGCAGGGCUCUGGGGCCAGAAUGGCUGUCCUUGUCCUAGAGCCCUCCACAUUUUCUUUCUUUCUUUUUUUUUCUUUUUUUGAGACAGGGUCUUGCUCUGUCACCCAGACUGGAGUGCAGUGGCGUGAUCAUAGCUCACUGCACCCUCAACCUCCUGGGUUCAAGCAAUCCUCCUGCCUCAGCCUCCUGAAUAGCUAGGACCACAGGUGCAUGCCACCACACCUGGCUUUUUUUUUUUUUGUAGAGACAGGGUCUCACUAUAUUGCCCAGGCUGGUCUUGAACUCCUGGGCUCAAGUGAUCUUCCCACCUGGGCCUCCCAAAGCGCUGGAACUACAAGUGUGAGCCACCACGCCCAGCCCAAGCCCUCCACGUUUUCAAUCCAGGAGCCUUGAGUCUGUGUUGUGUCCUGACGCCUCCAAGUUCUAGGGCCGUCAGGACACAAGGGCAGGGUUUGGGGACACAGUGUCCUUCCUCUGUCCUCUCACCCCAGUCCUGAUGGCCACUUGGUGAGUGUCUGGUGCCCUGGUGACCUGCCCCGGCUCUCUUCUGGCUUUCUGAGCAGGAAGUGAGCAGAGGCUCCACAGGCAUACGCCGCUCUCCUGACAUCCACACGCGACCCUUGGUGCAGAGUGCAGAAGCGGCUCUGGUUCCUCCAGCCACCUCAGUCCCUCUUUGGGAGGUGAUGUUCCCAUUGUUUUUCAAAGGCCUCACUUUCAACCGUCUGUCUUAGAAUUCCCCUCUGGAGGGCUAUGGCCUCCCUGCGCUUUCACUUCCCACCUCUCUACCCAAGUUCCUUCCCGGCACGUCGCCAGCCCUGGGCCUGGGGAUGUCCCCAGUGCUGUACCUGGCUGAGCCCGGAUUAAAAGCCUCAUCCACAA